AUGGGUUCGGGCUAUCAACAGGGCAAUGUGUACUUUACGGCUGUCGAGAACAUGUCAUUUUUUACCCGAUGUAUUCAUUCGCUCCGCUGUCGCCUGCUGGCAUUCUUUGGGUAUCAAACUCCGACGCGUUAUGUGCCUCACCCUAACCGUAUCCCUCAUGAUCUGGGAACAGGCUAUCUUCUGAUAGACUUCAUCGAGGAUGGCCAGAUGCUUUCAAACACGUGGAGCGAGAAACACGGCGAGGAAAGAUUGCGAAAGAAUCUCUUUCGAGAUCUGAGCAAGAUCCUUCUAUCUCUUGCUCGUGUUCCGCUGCCGAGGAUCGGAUCUUUUGUCAUUGAUGCCGGCGGUUACUUGAGUUUGUCAAAUCGGCCUCUAUCUUCCGAGAUCCACGAGCUUGAAAAUGAGCAUAUCCCACUAGAUAUGCCUCGGAGCUUCACGUAUUCGACGGUUGACUCUUACGUGGUCGAUCUUCUUGCCUGCCACGACAGCCGCAUGCAACAUCAGCCUAAUGCAGCCAUGGAUCUGAAGGACUGUAUUUACCAGGUCACGGCCUUGACAAUGAUGAAAACCAUAUUCGCCCAUUUCUUUCAACGUGAACUCCGUCGUGGUCCUUUCAUCCUUCAGCUGACUGACCUCCAUCCAAGUAAUAUUUUUGUUGACGACAACUGGAAUAUCAAAUGUGUGAUUGACCUAGAAUGGGCGUGCUCGCGUCCGAUUGAAAUGCUGCAUCCUCCGACCUGGCUGACAAAUCAGCCUGUCGACAAAAUAGACCUGGAGCUGUACAACAAGGUCCGCGAAGAAUUUAUGGGCAUUCUACGAGAUCAAGAGGAAGUACUCCAUGCCAAAGCCGGCCACAUAUCACUCUCAUCAGUCAUGGAAAACGGAUGGAAGACGAGAACUUUCUGGUACAGCAUCUGUCUACGAAGCCCUCUAGGUAUCCACCAGUUAUUCUACGACCGAAUUCAGACAAGGUUCGCGGAGGGACAUAUCGACGACGGCGACUUCUUCCGAAUCACCAUGAACUAUUGGAGGGAAGGAGCGAUUCCUUUUAUGCAUGAAAAGGUUAAAGAUAAGGAAAAAUAUGAUUUGCAACUGCAGGAAGCAUUCCAGGCCUGA